AGAGCGAGAGAGAGAGAGAGAGAGAGAGAGAGAGAGAGAGAGAGAGAGAUGAAUAGUGAAGAAGCAAAGGUGGUGUGUGUAACGGGAGCUUCUGGGUACAUUGCUUCAUGGGUUGUGAAGCUCUUAUUACAGCGUGGAUACAUUGUCAAAGCCUCUGUUCGUGACCCAAAUAAUCCAGAGAAAACAGAACAUUUGCUUUCGCUGGAGGGAGCUAAGGAAAGACUUCAUUUGUUUAAAGCAAAUUUAUUGGAAGAAGGAGCUUUUGAUGCAUUGGUUGAUGGUUGCGAAGGUGUUUUCCAUACAGCAUCUCCUGUACUUCUUUCGGCAAGCGAUCCACAGGCCGAAAUAAUUGGUCCAGCAGUGACGGGAACGCUUAAUGUUCUCAGAUCAUGCUCGAAAGUUCCUUCUGUAAAGAGAGUGGUACUAACAUCUUCCAUAUGUUCUGUUUUGAUCAACGGAAAACCACUAACUCCUGAUGUUGUAGUCAAUGAGACAUGGUUUGCAGAUCCUGUUUUUUGUGAAGAGUCAAAGCUUUGGUAUUAUCUUUCUAAAACUCUAGCUGAAGAGGCUGCUUGGAAAUUUGCUAAAGAAAAUGGUAUUGACUUGGUGACCCUACAUCCUGGUAUUGUGAUUGGUCCUCUCUUACAACCGACAGUUAAUUUCUCUACAGGAAUGACCGUUCUGAAUAGUGUAACUGGAGCUCAAUCCAUCAGUACUGAUGAAGUUUUGGUAUUUGUUGAUGUUAGAGAUGUUGCAUAUGCACAUAUCCAAGCAUUUGAAGUUCCUUCUGCCACAGGAAGAUAUUGUUUAGUUGAUCAGGUUGUUGAAUAUUUUGAGGUUUUGAAGAUUCUAAAAGAACUCCACUCUGAUUUGAGUCUUCCUGAAAAAUGUGAAGAUAAGAAGCCCUGUCCGAAGUACCAAAUAUCUAAGGAGAAAGCUAAAAGUUUGGGUAUCAAUUUCAUUCCUUUGGAAGUGAGUCUGAGGGACACUAUUGUCAGCUUAAAGGAGAAAGGUUUCAUUAAGGCUUAGAUGUUCAAUGAUUGAAGAUAAUUGCAAUAAACAUAUAUAUAUAUA